UUUAUUGUAGUGGGGCCAAGUAUUGUCUAGGUCAGCACGGCUCAGAAUGCCCCCCACGCGGACCAUCAACGAAGACAUCGUACCCCCACCGCCAUCGUCGUUGGAGGUGCGAGUGCAGCUCGAGGCCAGCACUGGGGGGAUAAAUGGUGCCAGCUCUUGCGUUCAGCCACAACAAAGGUAACGACGAUGCCUGUCCCACUUGCUGACAUCUGCCACUCGAGCGAUCCCGCCACUCGUGCGGGCUGCUUCAAGCUAGCAGCAGCCCUCAUCGCGGCCCUGCUGCCCCGCCUCUCGCCCGGCCGCGCGCGGCUGCUUCUGGGUAACACGGGCACCCACUAUGACGAGACGGCCGCUGAGCUCGAGGGCUACUCGCGCGCACUCUGGGGCGUCGUGCCGCUCCUGGCCGGCCACCGCGCCGAGACGAGCGGCGUCGACGCGGCCCUCAUCGCCCAGAUCGAGUGCGCCUGGAGGGACGGCCUCAUCAAUGGCACCGACCCAGCCCACGCAGAGUACUGGGGCGCCGUGCGCGACCGUGAUCAGCGCAUGGUCGAGAUGUGUGCCAUCGGCUUUGCCCUGACGAAGCUCCCUGGCGUCUUCUGGGAGCCCCUCACUUCGCAGCAGCGCGAAAAUGUCGCGCGCUGGCUGGGCGACAUCAACGGACGCGAAAUGCCACGGACAAAUUGGCGCUGGUUCCGCGUGAUGGCCAACAUCGGCCUGCGCACCGUGGGCGCGUCGACGUACAGCGCCGAGGUGCUGUAUGCGGACCUCGACUUCAUGGACACCUUCCACGUAGAGCGUGGCUGGAAUGCAGACGGUCCUGUCGAAGAAGGUGUCAAGCAGAUGGACUACUACAGCGCCUCCUUUGCACUUCAGUUCGCCCCCCUGCUGUACGUGUGCGACGAGGUGGCGCAGCGCGACGACGCGGCCCGCUGCCAGCGCUUCCGAAAGCGCGCGGCCCAAUUUGCAGAAGACUUUGUCUGCUGGUUUGAUGACGCGGGCCGCGCCGUGCCGUUUGGGCGAUCCAUGACCUACCGCUUCGCCAUGGUCGCCUACUGGCCCGCACUGGCCUAUGCCGGCCUCACCGAUGCCGCCGCCAAGCCGCUCAACAACGCCGGCGUCACCAAGGGCAUCUGGGCCCGCAACAUCCGCUGGUUCAUCGGCCAGCGCGGUGUCCUCCGCGACGAUGGCACCUUCUCAAUCGGCUACACGUACGAGAACCUGUUCCUGACGGAGAAUUACAACUCGCCCGGCUCGCCCUACUGGGCCUUUCUCGCCCUUCUGCCCCUCGCCUUGCCCUCGACUCACGCCUGGUGGCGCAGCGAGGAAAAAGCACUGCCGAGCAGUGAGCUGCCGUCGAUCAAGGCACUCAAGCCGCCGGGUCACAUUGCCAUCCGCCACGGUGGAAAUCAUGCCUACGUCCUCUCGGCGGGUCAGCAGCCCGCCUACAGGAUGCGCCACGGCGCGCAAAAGUACUGCAAGCUGGCGUACUCGUCUGCCUUUGGCUACAGCGUGCCCACGGGUGCAUCGGGUGACGAGCAGCACGCACUCGACAGCACCUUUGCUCUCUCCGACGACGGUGGUGAGACGUUCAAGGUGCCCCGCCAGCUGCGCUCUGCACACCUCGACGAGGCGCGUGGCUGCCUCACCUCGUCGUGGAUGCCCUGGCCGGGCGUCCUCGUCGAGACGUGGCUCGUCGCACCCGCGCCCUCGUCACUCGCCUGGCACGUCCGUGCCCAUCGCGUUACCGUGACGGACGCGGCGGCAAAGACGACGGUGCCCGCCGCGCUGCUCAUCUCUGACGGCAGCUUCGCCGUCUCUGACCGCGCACAGCAGGGCGAGAAGAGGAGGCUCGAGCAGCGCGACCAGGUGGGCGCCGACAGCAUUUACACGUCCUCCUCGACGGCCUUUGUCGCUUCUCACAAAGGCGCCGUCGGCAUCCGCGACAUCACGCUCGGAAGCGCCUCUGAGAGCGACAAGCAGCGCACGCAGGGCGUCGUCGUCCCCGUCGAUGCCUCCUCCAACAUCAUUGCCCCACGCACGAGCGUCGCCUGCCUGCAGAAGACUCUCGCGCGCGCUCCCGGCGCCCGCCACAUCCUCGUCUCGGCCGUCUUUGCCAUGGUGCCGCGUGACGACACCGUGGGCCUAUCCACCGAUGAGAUUCGUAAGGCAUGGGAGGUAGACGUAGAAGUGCCCAAGUGGCUCGAGGAGGCCCUUUCGGCCUGAGAUGUCCUUGAUUGCUCUGCAUCAAUACAUGACAGGUCAACCGGAUGUACACCUUUCUUUAUCAUCUGUUCCUGCGCCAAUCCUAUCACCACUUUGCCAAGACCCCG